AUCCCACCGCCAUCUUCUCUUUCCUCUUUCCCUUCUCUUCUUGUAUCAACUGCACAAUUGCUGGUCAAUUGCAAACACAAACUGCUUUCUAUUCUACAGAGUACCUCUGCUGAUGUCUAUGCUGAGAAAUUUGGCCGUGUCGAGUGUGCGCAGAACCGCGCUUGCCGGCCGGUCGACAACCUGUUGCCGACGUAUGCAUCAGUCUCCUCAUUCAUGUUGCGAUUAUAUGUACAAGUUGAUGUUAACUGAGUGCGUUUGAUAGAUUUUAGAAUGACUGCGCUGAAUAGCGCGGCGUCGAAUUUGGGAAUGCCGGCGUUGUCGCCGACUAUGACCGAGGGCGGGAUUUCGUCCUGGAAGUUGAAAGAGGGCGACUCGUUUAGUGCUGGCGACGUGAUUUUGGAGAUCGAGACGGAUAAAGCGCAGAUGGCUGUCGAGGCUCAAGAUGAUGGAAUCCUAGUCAAGAUCUAUAAACAAGACGGCGACAAAGAAAUCAAGGUCGGCACCUCGAUCGGCGUCAUCGCCGAACCCGAAGACGACAUCUCGUCCCUCGAGAUCCCGGCUCCGGUCGACAUGAGCGCAGCAGCAGCCCCGGCGGCACCCGCUCCCGCUCCCGCUCCCGCAAAGAAAGAACCUACUCCCCCUCCCCCUCCUCCAUCUCCCCCCGCGCAGCCCAAGAAGAGCACCGGCGGCUCGACCUCUGCUGCUGGCGCGAAGAAAGCAGAUCCCGCGCAGGUGCUGUUUCCGUCUGUUCUGGGCUUGCUCGAAGCGAGCCAUAUCUCGGUCGCGGACGCGCUGGAGAAGAUUCCCGCGAGCGGACCGAAGGGGAGAAUACUCAAGGGCGACGUGCUGGCAUAUCUGGGCAGUAUCUCUGCGGGCAGCAUCGAUAAGCUUAAUAAGGUGAUUAAGGAGCGCGAGCAUCUUGAUUUGUCGAACAUUAAGAUUGCGGAGAAGAAGAAGGUGGAGAAGGAGGAGAAGGUGGAGAAGAAGGUUGAGAAGCCGAAGGUUGUUGAGAACUUUUAUGAGUUGUUGACGUUUAAUCCUCCCCGACCCGUCGUCAAGAAAGUCCUCCGGUCACCAGAGGUAAUCGAAAUCGUCGUCUCCUCCCCCAAGCCCAAAUCAACCCCCCCUCCCCCGGCUGAAGCCGAAGCUGCUCCGGCUGUCGAGCCCGUUGCCCCGGUGGCGCAGGUUCAUAAGAAGAAGACGGUGAGCCGGUUGGAUCAGAUCUUUUACGAUUUGGUGGACGUGCCCAAGAGCAAGUCUUUGUAGUCUUAUUUCUCUUCUUCUUUGUUUUGAUUAUUUGAGUGCAUUAGUUUACAACAGUAAAAUAAUUUAUUAUAGAUUCGGCUAUGCCACAGCUUAUUUACAACUUUGCAGAGAUACCGGAGACCGCGGCGGUGCGUAUACUGAACUUGAUCGGCACCCGCGGGUUGAUGUAGACUUCCUGGCAGUCUUCGUCCGGGACGCCGUUUUCGUGCAUCAGGACCGCAAAGUCGAUCACCUGGUUUGUGUUAGCUUGCGUAGAGAUGGGGUGCAGGAGAGUGUGGUGGAUACCUCUUUGAGAGCGACCAUGGGGGCGUGCCAUGUUCCUGUGGUUGGUGUGAGUGAGUCUGCUGUAGAUAAAGAGAAAAUAGAGAGAAGAUAGAGAGAGGGACGUACCUGGGCCAUAAGUAACAGCUUG